CAUUAGGCAGCUCUCUCAUAGCAAAUGAUGAAACAACACCAUGGCUUUCUCAAUCUGGAGAUUUUGCAUUUGGAUUCAAGAAAAUUCAAAGUCAAAAUCAGUUCUUGCUUUGCAUAUACUAUGCCAAGAUUAAAGAUGCCACCAUAGUUUGGUAUGCAAAUGGUGGUAACCUCGUGCCACGAGGCUCUAUCGCGGAGUUAAAUCCUCAAAAGGGACUAAUUCUCCGCGAUCCUAAAGGGAAAAUGAUCAUUUGGAGCACUGGUCGGAUUGGUUCUAAUGUUGCUUAUGCUGUCAUGAAUGAUACUGGAAACUUUGUUCUUGUUGGGGUUGAUUCUUCAGUUUUAUGGGAAAGUUUUCGAUAUCCGACUGAUACCCUUAUGCCUACUCAAAUACUAGAGAUUAACAACAAGCUUGUUGCUCGAAAAUCGGAGUCUUUCUUUGUUCCUGGUAGAUUUUAUCUUCGUAUGUUGAGUGAUGGGAAUUUGGUUCUUGUUACUCAAUCCAAGCCAACGAAUUUCGAUUAUGAUGCUGAGUAUUACAACAGUCAUACUUCUGAUUCAGGAGAUGAAGCCAAUUCUGGUUAUCGAUUGGUAUUCGAUGAGUUUGGUUCAGUUUACAUUUUAAAAAGGAACAAUCAAAGACUUGUGUUGACACCUCCCAAGGUUCCUUCAAUUUCAGAAAAUUAUCACAGGCUAAGUCUUGAUUUUGAUGGUGUUUUAACUCAUUAUUAUCAUCCUAAGAGUACGGGGGAUCAGAAGUGGAGUACUCUUUGGUCUUUGCCUGAUAACAUAUGUCUAGCAAUUCUUGACGAUGUUGGAAGUGGAGUUUGUGGAUUCAACAAUGUAUGCAAUCUAGGUGAAAAUCAAAGACCAUAUUGUGAGUGUCCAAAAGGGUAUUCGUUGAUCGAUCCAAAUAAUAAGUAUGGAAGCUGCAAACCAAAAUUUGUUCCAAGUUGUGAUGAAUUUGGACAGGGAAAUCCUGAAGAAUUAUAUGAUUUUGAUGUGGUGACAGAUGUUGAUUGGCCGUUAUCAGAUUUCGAGAGGAUUUAUCCUUCUGCUGAAGAAGAAUGCAAGAAGGCUUGUUUAGAAGAUUGUUUCUGUGCUGUUACCAUUUAUAGAAGCAAUAGUUGUUGGAAGAAGAAACUUACAUUGUCAAAUGGGAGAGUAGAUACCUCUUUGAAUGUAAAAGCUUUCCUUAAAAUAAGGAAAGUUUGAACAUAAGAGCUUCUUAAAUUAGAUAUAAUGUAUGUCUGCUAUAGGUUCAUGGUUGAA